GCUGGGGGCGGGGGAUGAGCUCAGCUCCCCGACGGGAUAAAACUUGCUGCAGCUGCUGGAGCGAAGCAGACGAGACGCGAGAGCAGAGUCGAGCGGUGCCAGCCCCGAUCUCCCAGCGCCCCGGAGAGGAGAACCCCGAUCCCCAGCGCUGAGCCCUGUCUCGCUGGAGACCAGAGCCCUGUGACCCCAGUGACCUGACGCCGGUCCCCAUCCAGCUACAGGAGCGGCGGGAACCAUGACCAUCCUCCCGGAAUUCUCGGCUCCAGUCCUCACGGUUGCUUGCCUCCUGAUCCUGUGCCCAGAGGGGGCUCCGACAAGCAUGGGAGGCUCCCUACCCCUUCCCCCAAAGGGCCAGAGCCACUGGCCCUGGCUCCGUGCCCAGGAGAGCAGCCCCCUUGCCUCCUCCACACCCCAGCAUGACUUGGGAACAGACUAUUACGACUAUGAGGACCUCUCCACCCCAGAUACCCCAGAGAUGCCUGGCUCCCAGCACCCACCCCAUCAGCCUUGUGACUACCACCACUGCCGCCACCUGCAGACAGCCUGUGCAGAGUUGAGCAAGGAUACUGGUUGCCUGUGCCCUGGGGUGACUGGCCCAGAUGUGCCCCCGGAGCCGCCCCAGCUGGGGGCAGUGCACGUCACUGAGUCUGGGGCCAGCCUGCAUUGGUGUGCCCCCUCCUCCACAGUAUGGGAGUACCGACUGAUGUACCAGGCUGAUGGGGGCCACACCAUUGCUGGCCCCAUCUUCAACAGCACUUUCCGGAUGGCAGUGCUUGCGGGGCUGCACCCCAGCACCUCCUACCUGGUGUGUGUCAUGGCAGCCAACCAGGCUGGUGCCAGCCCCACUGACGAUGGGAGUCGGGCCCAUGGACCGUGCCGCACCAUCCGCACUCUGGCCCCCCAGCUUCCCUAUGCAUAUGUGGCGGCAGGACUGGCGGCCAUGUUCGGCCUGGUGGUGGUGGCUGCGCUGACCUGGCACUUUGCCCUGCGCUCGAGGAGACGGCAGUUCCACGGCUCCCAGGACAACAUCCUGGAUGGGGAGGUGGGGCCAAGUGGGGUGGCCAAUGGCUUUUACAAGGGCGAGGAGCAGCUGUAGGGGCACCUGAACCCUCCAUCCCCCAGACACAUACACUGCUGGCUUGGAUCGGAGCCAGUCCCCAUGGACUGUCCAGUGCAGUGGGGACCAGGGCUGGCGGAGAUGUGGAGUUAGCGGUGGGCACCACCUGACACAGCCAGAGCAUGAUGCCCUCCCCACUCCACAUGGGGUGAGGCUGCUCAGGUCCUGAUGCUCCCUCCCCAUAACAUUUAUUUAUUUAUUUAUUUAUAUAUUUAUAUAGUGAAAGGUGGGGGGGUCCUGAAGCAUCAAGGGCUGUGGGGAGGCCCCAUGGGGGGCAGGGUAGAGGGGCAUAUAGGCAGAGGCCCUUGACAACCAGUAUGAAUCAUGCUGAGUAACAAUCCCAUCCUGCACCAGACCACCUGUGCUGGCUCCAGUGGGGGGGGGGUGUUGCCUGGGGCUCCCCCUGCUUGUUGUGUGGGGGAGGUCACCCCAGUUGCUGUUGCAUGUCUGGCCUCGGGGCUGCACCCUGGGACCACCUGCCCCCCCCAUAGCUGGGAUGGUGCGGUGGGGGGAGGAGCCAUGGCAGGGGGCUGGUCACCGAGGUGGGGAGGCUGGGGGUGUUCUGCGCUGCUGGCAAUGUGAACUUGUUCGUGUUGAAUAAAGUCCAGAAGCAAUGUCCUGGCUGCAGGUUUGUCCCUCGUCUCCUUCAGCUCCUCUUGAUUGCAUGGAACAGUGAAUCAUCACAGUACCCCCACAGCGGGGCUCUUCCCCGCACUUCCUGGACAGUCUGUCUGGACCCAGCUCUGGUGGGGUUUCCGCUAAGAGCCGCACCCAGCAGUGUCACAAGGGCCCUUGAACCAUUGCCUGGAAAACAUGAUCCAUCCCAGAUGUGUGUGAGAAGGCCCUAGCCCAGAAGGCAAUGGGAAUGAGGAGCAGCCCCCGCCCUCCUCGUUCUAGGGUUUCUUGAGGAAUGACCCAGCUCCAUGCCCUGACUGCUGGGGAAGCCAUGGUGCCCAGGUAUGUGAGGGGCAGCCCAGGACAGAUGAUGCAUGUUGGGGGAUCCUCUGCAGGUCCCAGGCACAGGCAGGAAGGAGGUGUUGGGGCAGAACUCACCCUCAGUGCGCUGGCCAGCAGGGCUGAAUGCAUGGAUCUGAUACCAUCCGCAUUCAGGGCUGGGCGCCCCAGUGCUAAGGGGCCUGCCUGGGCACGGAGGUGGGGAGAUGCUUCUGUCUAGUCCAGCCCUCCUAUGUGUGUGUCCUGACCCCCAGCUGUGCUGAAACCAGAGGGACCCCUGAGAGUGGAUUGACACUGAGAUGGGGCAGUGGGGGAAGGGGUUGCUCCUAUAUUGUUGUGACACAGCCAUUUAUGCUGCAAGUUGUGUAAUCUAGGGAGACAUCACCGUCCCCUGGCACAGGAACCCACUGGUAUGGGACACAGUGUAAUAACAGGCCAAAUUGCAGCCACUUCCCUUCCUGGCA